AUGAUUCUAAAAAAUGUCUUAAAUCAGCAGCAACAUUGUGUGGAAAUUCAAAAUCUUUUUAAGAAAUAUUUAAGAGAGUCACUGAUUAAUUCGCAGCUAUGUUUAGAAGAAAAGCAUUCGUAAAUUGGUAUACAAAUGAAGGUAAUCAUUAAUCUGUAAAUUAAUUAAGGAAUGGAUGAAAUGGAACUCGUUGAAGCUGAAUCUUAAUGAUUUAAUUUCUGAAUAUUAAUAAUAUUAAGAUUCCAAAGAUGAAGUAGAAGGUGAUUAAUCAUUAUCUUGGUGA